CAAUAAUAGCCAAACCACACAUUCUUAUUAACAGAGUGACCAGAAAACACAGUCAUUUUUUCUAAUUACCCCUUCUUAUGAAUUAAUCACUGCCCUUUUUCGUUUUCUACCCUAUUAAAUUUCAUCAUCAAUUAUUUCUCCAUUAUCAUUAUCAAUUAAUUAAUUGAUUAAUUAACCAUCAUUACUGCGCUGCCAUGGAUCUCCGGCUGUCAAUGAUUGUGGUCCUGACAUUAUCAUCGGCGGCGAUGAUUCCAGCCGCGGAAUCGUCGGCGGUGCCGGUGGAACGCCACGCGGCGCUACUGACCCGCCGUGCGAGAACGAAAUGCGGCGGCGGAGGAGGAGAUCUGGUCGGAGACUGCGGCGGGGAGGGGGAGGAGAUGUCGAUGGAAUCUGAGAUGAGCCGGCGGGUUCUGGCCCAGACGCGGUACAUAAGCUACGCCGCCUUGGCCGCCGACACCAUCCCGUGCCGGAGACGCGGCAACUCGUACUACAACUGCCUCUCGCACCAGCAGGCCAACCCCUACCGCCGCGGCUGCUCCGCCAUCACCCACUGCGCCAGAGGUUGAAGAAGACUUCUAUAUAUAUUUCAAUAAGCUCUUUUCAGUUUGGCCAAGUACUUUUCUUCUGGUUUCACAUGUCACGUUUUUAAUAAAAUGUACGCAAUUGGGCGAAAUGUGAUUGAAAUUUGUGUCCACUUGAAAGUUUAAGGGACGUGUUUAUAUAGGUAUAUGAACAUUUUAUAAAGUGUUACGAAUGAAUAUUUAUUUCAUUU